AUGGUUCGCGAGGGGAAGUCUUCUGGGGCGGCGGAGGCUAUUUCAACCGCUCCUUCGCCCGCUGCUAGCCAGGUACAUUAGAAAAUCAAAGAUUUACUAGCUCCCUUCACAUAAAAUAAUUAUGUUUAUUCAACAAAAGAUCAAAGAAAUUGAAAUGAACUACAAAGAUAACAUCUAGAGGUUUUUUUUAUCGAAUUCGUCUGAAAAAGUCUUGAAAGGUAUAGUCCGUCCGCCGCUACAGUUUUCGAAUGUCUGCGUCUCUCUGUUCCCUCACCGGCGAGGUUAGAGAAAAACGAAAAUAGCGCGUCAACAAGAGAGGGUCGUCGAGAGACGAGGAGGGCGCAGAGAAGUCCCGCCAUUUCAAGUCAUGGAAAACGGACUACAUUUUAGGAAAUAAAUUUAGUUCAAGCACGGAUAAGCUUCUUUUUUUUCUAAAACGCUUUUGAAACAUGUCGAAAAAUCCUACAAUAACUAAAACUCAAAUUUCUUGAGGUGAGGGUGUUCCUGGAGAAGAUCAUCUUCAAGUUGGCAAUGAGAUGGGACCGCACGACGUGCUCGGACCUUUUCGUAGUAUCCGAACUCGCGGAGUUGUGUUUCCGAGCUCGUGAGGCCCUCUGGUCGGAACCGAUCUGUUUGAAGGUAUUUUGAAGCGAAACCGAUGGCCGCGUCGCGGCUUGCGAAGCGGUCAUAGUUUUGAUGAUUUUCUGUCUCUAGAAGUUUUUUCAUAGGUUUUUAAUUGUAGAUAUAGUCCGUCCAGAUUUUGAAUGUCAAGUUUAGUCAAUGUUUCCCGACUUGAAAGGCGAGGGAGGCGGGGCAAGGGGCGGGACGCGUAGCGUGUGCGUUUGCGGUUCUUGCCACGUGUUCAAUUCAUGCGCCAUCGGCUCUUUGAAAAAGCCCGUUUUUUUCGCUUUUCAUUUUUUCAGAUAUUUAUUGAUUAUGUUCAUAUGUUCAUCAAAAAAUAGUAGAAAACAUUGAAAAAGAGCAGUUGCCGAGCUUUUUAAUUUGUCGGCGGCGAUUGAAUUGGACUCGUGCCAAGAACCGCGCACGCACACGCUACGCGUCCCGCCCCUUCCCCCGCCUCCUUCGCCUUUCAAGUCGAGAAACAUUGACUAUAGAAUGACGUCAUUCGAAAACACUCUGUGGAUGGCUCGCUCUCUGAUUGGUUUGUCGCGCCAUCAGGGGGCGGAGCUUGAGCGAGGACUUGACAUUUAAAAUCUGAACAGACUAUUAAUUUCGUAACACCAAAAAGGACCACUGAACCUUGAAUUCGGAAGAGAAAGUAAAAAACUGAGAAUGGAUAUAGUCAGUUCACGGCCAGGUUGGACGAAAAGAGGCGUGGUCUCUCUGCGCUCUCCACCAACCAAGCACUGUCUCUUUUUUUAAUCACGUCAGGACCAUUUUCUGAUGGCUCAGCUAUACGGUUCUGUCGGCCUUUGGGGCCCGUCUGAACGCACUUUUGAACUAGAGUAUCGGUUCAAAUUGAUCUUUUUCGGGUGGCAGCACCGAUUUGCAUCGUCGGCGAUCUACACGGUCAAUAUGACGAUCUCCUGGGCAUGUUUGAUCUUAACGGUUGGCCUUUCACGAUGGACGAAAUUAAUGCCAUUAGGGUAAUUUUUUCAAAAUCAAUUUUUCAGCUCAAAUGUUUCAUUCAAGUUUCUACAUUUUGAAUGUCAGAACGUCAAGCUCCGCCCCUAAUGACUGAAAACCAAUCAGAGGGCAAGCCAUCCACAGAGCAUUUUCGAAUGACGUCAUUGUACUUGACAUAAAAAAAUCUGAACAAACUAUAAUUAAUAUUUAUUCAUUUAUUGACGCAUCUGAAAAAAAAUCGAAGACUUUAAAGUUUCACCAUCGCGAAAAAGGGGCGGGGCUUUGCGGUCUCUAACUAUAAUUUAAAACUUUUGACAAAUACUGAAAGUUUUAAAGCACGUACUUUCUAAAAAUAUUUUCAAAAUACGUACAAAACCUAAAAUCCUAAUUUUUCAGAUCGAUUCCGAAGGUGCGCCGAAAGACUUCCGAAGCCGUGUCAAGAGAAUGUCGAUGAAGGUUGGUUAAAAAGUUUUUUUUUCUUCUUGUCCGGAAAAAGGAAUUGCUCCAUCAAACAUUUUUUAAAAAUCAUGAAAGUGUAACUUUCGGCGUCUCGCGAUAAACGAGCUAUCCGUGGGUCGGCAUCUGAAGAAACGAAAAAGAGAUUCAAAAAUUCGACAGUGCGGUGAGUUUUUGAAAAAAUGUGACCAUUUUUGGGUCGUUUUGAGCCGAUUUUUUGUUUGAAAUAAAACAUUAUAUUGAUGUAUAUUUAUAGGUACCUAUUCCUCGGCGACUACGUCGACAGAGGACCGUUUUCUAUUGAAGUCGUGACGCUUUUGUUGGCUCUCAAGGUAUUUUUUUCUAUUAUUUUUUAGGAAUCCCUGUAUUAUUUCCAGAAAAUUAUAAAUUUAUGAAAUUUAUGUAGUUAUAAAUUAUGAAGUUAGGAGUAGAACAACGUGGGAAGUUCCUCGAAAUUUUUCUCAUUUUUUUUUUGAGCUCCGAUGGCCUGACCGAAUCUUCCUCCUCCGCGGAAAUCACGAAUCCCGUCCUGUGAACCACCACUAUGGCUUCUACACUGAGGUCAAGUACAGGUACAAGUUUUCUACAGUUGAGUUGAAAUUUCAAAUUUCUAUCUGAAAUGAGUUUCAGGUACGGCGAGGAGCUGUACGAACUCUUCCAAAUGGUCUUCAACGUUCUUCCUUUCACGGCCAUCAUCAGCAAUAAAAUCAUGUGCAUGCACGGCGGAAUCAGCAGCCUUUUCGUCAAUAUGGAUCAGGUUUUUUUUAAAAAUAGCCUGCGACAAAAUAGCUUGAAAAAAACGGCCGAGACGGCUGCAAAAGGCUCACGCGCCGCAGUAAGUGCGCUCUAUGGACAACCGAGGGCUUGCACCUCGGGAGCAAAACCCUGACGUUUCUGAGCAACUAUAGGGAUCACUCAAGAGGGCUGACGCUACUAAAGUGUUCACUAAAAUCUCUCCGACACGUCCGAGGCGUGUCCGAAAUCCAUUACCGAGGUCCGGGAAAUUCGAAAAUUCCGCUUUUUCUUUGAAUUCUUUUUUCUUGUUCACUUUUCAGUUUCAUUUCAAGUAUAUCCCGGAUGACUGUAAAGUUCAGCACUACGAGUAUGACAAUAUUUGUCUCAUUCAAAAUAAAAAUAGAUCAUGCUGAAAUUUUGUUUGAAUAGAUUGCCCAUUUUAAAUUUUUUUUUCAAGUUUGAGUGAUGAGAAGUCAAAAUUUCAAUCCGUUUGAUAAAAAAAAUACCGAGUUUUCAAAAUUAUUUUCGAGUUUUGGCUCCUUGCCGAGUGAAAAUCCUGUUUUUGGACUUAUUAACCUGAUUUUUUCAUGAGCUUAACGCAAUCUUCAUACCGAAAAAAGAUAAAAGUUAAAAAUUGCAAUUAGCCGUGGAGCGCACUUACUCAAAUGAACGAACCAGGCCAUUUUCCUUGACAGUUUUUUAUGAAACGAAGGCUUUUUUACUCAUGGCUUCUCGGUGUCCGGUCAAAUAUCUCGACUUAUCUAUCAUAUAAUUUUGUUUCUGAUCUCAACUUUUUCUGCAGUUCCUGCUACUCAAACGGCCGAUUGAAAUUCCGGACGUUGGAGUUUUGGCGGAUCUGACUUGGGCAGACCCUGAUCCGGUGAGAAUUUUUAUUUUUUUCGGAACCUCUCUGAUGAAAAUUUAUUAUGAAUUAUACUUCUGAAAAACAUUUCAGACUGUAGAGGAAUACGCAACAUCGCCACGUGGCGCUUCAUUCGUGUUCGGAAAGAAGGCCCUGAGAAAAUUCCUCGAGCUCCACGGGCUCGAGCUCAUAGUCCGGGCUCAUCAGGUGAAUAAGUUUGAGCUUCUUGAGAUUAACUAGAAAAAACUUUUAGUGACAACUUAAAAAGCUCUUCAAGGUCUAUUUGAAGAGGAAACUAAAGUGGCCACUAAAACCAGCCAUAUAGAAACCAUUAUUUUGCGUCUAAGGGCCCAAAACAGUAGUUUUUGGUGGUCUAGUAGUGAUUCUUAGACUUCUAAAAUAGCCACUAAAACGUCAUAACCCUGAAGCGGCCACUAAAAAUUUUCCUACAGAAUCAUUUAAAGACACUAUAAAAUUACUUCAAAGUCAAUAUUGAGAGUAUAGAAUGGCUUUUUUUUUCUCAUUUUAUAGAUUACAGGUGGUCGAGGACGGCUACGAAUUCUUCGACGAUCGACGUCUCGUAACCAUUUUCUCGGCGCCCAACUACUGCGGCAAGGCGAACAACACGGCGUGUAUUUUAAUCAUCGAUGAAAAUUUGGUAAGGCCAGUGAUAACAACACCAUUGAAGAUGGAGUUCUAGGCAAUAUCCCUGCAGCUCUUCCGGCCGGAAAGCCGGGAGCUCGACCGCAAGAAAAAGGCCGCCGCCGCAGUUGCUCCUAGUGCAGCUCCCCCUGCUCCAGCCGUUAAAUCUUGA